AUGGCCGCGAAGUCGGACGGCGGCGGCGGCGGCCCGGCCGUGCUGCUGGAGAGCCCCGAGGACGGCGGCGAGCGGCGGGCGGCGGGCGCGGCGCCCCCGGCGCGGCGGUACCGGCUGCGGGACGGGUGCUGGGUGUUCUGCGCGCUGCUCGUCUGCUUCGCGGACGGCGCCUCGGACCUGUGGCUGGCGGCCCAUUACUACGUGCGGGGGCAGCGGUGGUGGUUCGGGCUGACGCUGCUGUUCGUGCUGCUGCCCUCGCUCGUGGUGCAGAUGCUCAGCCUCAGGUGGUUCGUCUACGACUUCGCCGCCAGCACCAAGGACAGCGGCACCGGCACCAAGGACAGCGGCCCCCGCGGCUGCUGCCGCCUCUGCGUCUGGCUGCUGCAGGGCCUGAUCCACCUGCUGCAGCUGGGGCAGGUCUGGAGGUACCUCCGCACGCUGUACCUGGGGCUGCAGAGCCGGUGGCAGGCCGAGCACCGCCGUCGCCACUACUACUGGCGGAUGAUGUUCGAGAGCGCGGACAUCAGCAUGCUGAGGCUGCUGGAGGCCUUCCUCAAGAGCGCGCCCCAGCUUGUGCUGCAGCUCAGCAUCAUGGUGCAGCAGAAGAGCAUCGAGCCGCUGCAGGGGCUCUCGGCCUCAGCCUCGCUGGUCUCACUGGCCUGGAUGAUCGCGUCCUACCAGAAGGUGCUGCGGGACUCGCGGGAGGACAAGAUGCCCAUGUCCUACAAGGGUGCCGUGGUGCAGAUCCUCUGGCACCUCUUCACCAUCGCCGCCCGUGCAAUCGCCUUUGCCCUCUUCGCCUCCGUGUUCCAGCUCUACUUCGGCAUCUUCAUAGUCACCCACUGGUGCAUCAUGACCUUCUGGAUCAUCCAGGGCGAGACGGAUUUCUGCAUGUCCAAGUGGGAGGAGAUCAUCUACAACAUGGUGGUGGGCAUCAUCUACAUCUUCUGCUGGUUCAACGUCAAGGAGGGACGGAGCCGCUACCGCAUGUGCAUCUACUACAUCAUCACGCUGUCAGAGAACGCCGCCCUCACCAUCCUCUGGUUCCUCUACUAUGACCGCGAGACCAUCUCCGACUUCGACGCCUUAAUCCUCGUCUGCGUGGUCAGCUCCAGCUUCGCCCUCGGCAUCUUCUUCAUGUUCAUCUACUACUGCCUCUUGCACCCCAACGGCCCCAUCUUCCGCCACCGCAACGUGGGCUGCAUCUUCCGGCAGGAGCCGCCUCCAGUGCCGGGGUCCCCCACGGACGCCGUCACCAGCCCCCCGCGCUCGCUGCCGCGGACUACAGGGGGGGAGCGGGAAGGGGCGCCGGGGGAGCGGGACAGUUGCGUGCCCGUCUUCCAGGUGAGACCCCGCACCCUGCCGGCAGCGGCCGCCCGCGCCCCGCGGACAGAGAGGCCCGUCAUCCGCAUUGACCUGCCCAGGAAGAAGUACCCGGCCUGGGACGCCCACUUCAUCGACCGGCGCCUGAGGAAGACCAUCCUGGCGCUGGAGUACGCGUCGCCCAUCACCCCUACCCUGCAGUACCGCACCCCCGGCGCCCCCCAGGAGCUGCUGGAGUAUGAGACCACCGUGUAGGGUGGCGGGGCACGGGGCUUUGGCGGGACCCCUGGUGCCACCCCGGCCAGCCUGCGUCUCCGCAGCCGUUUGCCUUCCGUUAGGUUUGCCGGCUCUGCCGUGUUGCCGUGCCGAGCGCCCCGCGGGCGGUGGCCGGGGAGGUCUCUUGGUGCUAUCCCCCCUCUCGCGCCGCCCUCCUGCAGCCCAGACCCCCAUCCUGCCUGACGGCGCCUGCCCCCGCACCCCCCAGGGCUCAUCCUUGCCAAAAUACCUCACCGGUGCCUGAGCCCCAGGCAGUGGGUGCUGUGGCCCGUGUCAGUGGUGCAGGAUGGGGACUGGGGGCACCCUGGGCUGGGGGCAUGGUGGGGCACAGUGGGGUGUGGUGGGCAGCACAUGGGGACACUGGUGCCUGUGCCAUGGCAGAGCCAUGGGGCUGCAUUGGGGUGUGCAUGGGGCUUGUCACCCACAGGAAGCUAGGACAGGGACAACUGCGGUCUGUCCAGCCCUCCCAAUGUCUCACAAUUCCCCCACACCCUGCAGCACCAACCCUUGGGGAGCCCCUUCAUCUCCAUCCUCAGUUCCCCCUGGCUCAGGGUUGAGCCAUGUUCCCAACCCCACUGUCCUGUGGGGCACAGACCCUGGCCUGGGGUGGGCAUGAACCCUGCCCCCCUGGUUCUGAGCUGGCAUCCCAGCUAUGGCUGGGAUGGCUAUGCCUCAUCCUCCCCACCAUUCCCACAGGAACUUCUUCAUCUCAUCGGGUUUGUUUUCACCUGGUGAUGUUUUGUGUGACAUUUUCUACCUCCGCUGGGGCCGGGGGUUGCAGGGCCUGGCUGGCACUGCUGAGGAGUGUGUGUGGGGCCGCUGGCGUUCCCUGGGUUCCCUAAAGUGGGAUUCACACCCAGCCGUUCUCCUCUCUCGGGUUUGGCAUCACUUCCCACCCGGGUGCUUUUCCAUUUACUCCCCCAUCGGCAUCAGCCCCCUCCAGAGCCUCAGUGUAAACCUGAGUUGGGAUCCUUCCUCCCCUGGCCUCACCCCGUGUCCACCCAGCCUCUUCCCUGUCCCCGCCUUGCCUGCCCCUGCCUGCUCCUGCCUCCCCAGAGGAGUGGGACUGCCCUGGGCUCCGGGUUUGAAUGUGUCCCUGGUCCUGCCCGGAUCCGUCAGCCCCCACCGAGGGGCUGUGCUGAAUGUACCCUGUGCCCCGCCCCGGGCCGGGACUGUCCCAGUGGGGUGCGUGUGUGUGUCUCUCUGUGUGUCUGCGUGUGUGUGUAAGUGUGUGCAGGGGCUGGCAGGGGUUUGCAGAGGAGGGGAGGUGUCAGACCCCCCAGCCGUGCUCCACCCCAUCCCCUCGGCCCCUGCACCCACGGCCCCUGUGCCUUCCCCACAACUCCUGUGCCCCCCACAACAGCCCCGCAGGGUACCGGCCUCUGGCUGCCCUGAGCCGCUGUGCCAAGCCCUGCCCGGGCUGGGGAGCAUAGGCAGCACCGACAGCCCCUCCGUGCCAUGGGGCACCGUGUGAGGCACCAGAGGACAGGAGGGCUGGGAUGGGAGAGCUGCACCUGGGAAUGUAUGGGAUGUGGGGUCCCCGAGGGCUGGCAUGGGUGCCAUGGCCGGGGUGGGUGGGUGGAUGUGCAGUAGUGGUGGCAUCACGUUUCUUUUGUUUCCCAUUUCUCGGUAGCUGGGGUGACAGCCGGCUGGGCUGGCCAUCGAUGGGGUCGCUGGUGCUAACUGGUGCUAACUGGAAGCCUUGGAAACCCUUUAGGAGGAGGUUGCAGAGCAUGGCUGGGGCUGGGCAGGGGGCUGGGCCCCCCAGCACCUGCACCCCUCCUUCACCACCAUCACGGGCAGACCCCGGUAGUGGGGGCUGUUCAUGCUGGGGAAGCCCCAGGCAUGGGAUGGCUCUGUGGGGGGGUCUCUUUUCCUCAGGGAAGGUGGGGGGCAGUAGCCAGGGGGGGCCAGGAGCUCAUCCCUGUGGGUGUUGAGCAGCAUCGCUGCAGCCUCUGUGCAGUACCCAGGCGGUGGCAGCUCCUUGCUGGGUCCCACUCCAGCAGAGAUGGGGAUGAGCCAGCAUGGGGCAGCGCUUCUGGGCUCCCCCUGCCCCAGCCCCUCUCCCUGUCCCCUGCAGGACAGAGACACCGUUCAGGGUGACCUGGACCCCCCAUGCCCUUCACCCCGGGGUUUGUGUGGGGACCCCAGGGCCGCUCCAGUGGGACAGAGGGACACUUUUCUAUGCACUCAAGCCACGGUACCCUCAGCCCUGGGCUGCUCUGGGCAGGGCAUUCUGACCAUGCCUGGGGGUUAGGGGGAGCCCCUGGAUCCCGCUGCUGCCCUGGGGCUUGGCCAGGCUGCCCCCUUGCCCCCUCCCAGCCUGUGCCACAGGGGCAGCCAAACCCAACGCCACCAGGAUGGCAGCACUGGCCCACCAGGACCGCAGCAAGGGGGGCAUGACUGGGGGCCAAGCAGCUACAGGAUGGGUGCAGCUCCAGGGCUGCUCCAGCUUCAGGGAGUGAGGGAAGUUCGUUCUGGCAGGGGCUGCCGCGGGGUCUCAGCCACAUCCCUGGCCCCCCUCCGGCGCUGGGACCCGGCGGCUGCUGUCAUGUACUGUAAAUACUCUGUGUGCCACCUUCUUCUCUGGGACCCUCGGCACGGGCGGGGGUGAGCGGGAGGCCGGGGUCCGUCCCGAGACUUUUUUGUAUACCACAAACUUUUUGUAUAUUUUUAAUUUUGCUGCAACA